GUCAGUUUCAGUCCAAUAUCGGUCGUGAAUAGAAAUAGACAAAAACGGUUGACGGUGCUCGUACGCGAAGGAGUCUUUGCUGCUGCCGUAGUGUGUAUGUGGCGGGAUUGUUGACUAAAACCGCGACUCACUUAGUGUAUGUGUGUGUAUGGUCGCAACUCUCUCUCUCCCUCUUUCUCUCUCCAUCUUUCUCGCUCUGGCUCACUUCAUAACGUAGCUUCUUUCCUCGUGACCGUCGUGUGACCGUGACAGACGCUGGUAUACGCAGUGUAGCCUCAGAACAGGCAACCCCUUUCCUGUGCAUGUGUCGGUGUGGGUCAGUGUGAGCGUUUGCGCAGGGGUUGAUGAAGGUUCUAUUGAUACUCGGUUCAACAUCAUAAUUUUGUCCACGUCAGGCUGUUGUCACAUUAGUACAACUGUCAGGUUUCAAGUGUAAAAUCAUCGUCCCCGAGUUUUUUCGUUGGAUUUCGUUGAAAAAAAAACGAAACACACACACAUACACACAUACACAAAUUUAUUCUAGUUAGCACUUGUCCAAAUUCGAGAAGAGAGUGCGUGUUUGUGAGUAGCACAGAAGCGAAUCGUCAACGUCAACAAGUGUCAACGCGCGGUGCAGGGUUGCUUUCCAUGCCCGCUGAGAGCGAUCGAUCCGGCGAUGACACACGAGUGAGUGUAUGUGUGCGUUUUGUGCUGAUGCGCGCGCGAAAAGCCUACACGAUCAUUGUGCCCAACCCCAACCAUCCCUCCCAGCCUAACGGCCCCGCACAGCCAUUGUUUGUUUAUCUAGCAGCAAGGCGUCACACUUGCGCGAUCGUGAAGCGCAAACGUUCUUGAGGGGCGCGCUCGCACACUCGUGUGUGUGUGUGUGUGUGUUUGUGUGUGAUUGUAGGGGUGUUUUUUUCCUCGUAUCCACAAAGAAGAACUCAUUCCGAUCGUGGUCCGCGCGGGGUGCCGUGCAGCUGGUGACACGUCCGCGGGAUUAGUUCCUUCGCUAAACGGCAGAAAAACGGGCUCCCGUAUCUGCACCGUGCGUAAUGUGAGACGGUUUUACAACCAGCUGACGCGUGUUUUUUUUUCUUGUGUUUGUAGGCGUGCAUGUGUAGUGUUUUUGGUUUGAUCGUUUGUGUGUAGGGUUUACACCCAAACAGUCGCGAGUACUUAAAGUUCUGUGUGUUUCGCCAUUUACGUUUGGCAUCGGAAAAUUGGGAGUGAUUUCUUUAAACCUGCCUGCUGUGACAUCAAUUGCCUGCCAACUCCACACACAGCCACACUCGCACACACACACUCAUAUACACGUGCGAUGUGGCCCUACGGGUACCCGCCGGAACACAACGAAAGCAAGGCAAUUGAUGCGCAUCUACUGACAAUGUUCCUUCAACGAUACGCGAACUUCCCCGGCCUCAACAGGGUGUUCCUGGGCGCGCUGCAGCGAUGAUGAAAUGGCAGUAAAUGAAAUGUGACAAAGUUGUGGUUUCAAAAAUUCUUCCCCUCAAUCGCAAAGGGGGCAACGUUCCAGUACACCAGCAAGUGCAAUUACUUUGUUUUCCGGCCGAGCGUAUUGCAUCACGAAAGCCGAAAGUGAGCUGAAAGUUUUGUACUCCUCACCAAUACACACACACGCACACAGACAUAAACCGGGCACGGAUUGCCCUUUGGUUUCAGAACGGCAAAAAAGCUUAUUCCGCCGUCGCCGCUCGUUCGUUAACCUCGACUCGGGAGGGGUUGGUGCUGUUGCGGUCGUUCCAGUUCCACCGCAAAGCCAAACUAGCAAACAAACAAGCGUGAUACGGUUACGACCCCACACCGUGUGUGCCUUCCCUGCGUGUCGAGGUUGUUAGAUUCGUCGUACCCGAGGGUUUUGGGCUGUGCGGGUGCUGCAAGAGUGCGGAAAUAAAGUAACGAAAUCGCGUGUGAUUGCACCUGCACAGGCCUGUGUCUGUGUGGCCUUCCCGAUUGUCCGACCUAGCCCGCCCCAAACCCAAGUCGCACAAAUGUUGAGCAGCGACCAGCAGCAGCGGCAGUAUGCGGCGGUACAGCGGCCGGACAGUGGGCAACCGCAAGCCGGUGGCAACCACUCGUCGGCGGAAACCUCGCCCGGCCACAGUAACGCGACGGGCAGUGACUUCUUCAUGUUCGACGAGCUCAGCUCGGCACUGACUGAUGAGCGAAACAAUGGCCACAAUCAUCAUCAGCAGCAGCAGCCGCUGCACCACUACCAACCGUCGCCGUCUGCCAACGGAAGCAGCCCGGCUAGCUCCAGCAACUCUGGCAGCACCAACAGCUUGCUAAGCAAUGGCGACAGUCUAAUGGCACGAAUCAAUCAGCUCAAUCAGCAGCAGCAACAGCAGCAACAGUACGGUGGCGGGAGAACCCGUUCACCCCCGACCGGUGCAACAGUGCCGGUCGACGGCAGCACAAUAGGAGUGGUGGCGUCCUCGCCCACAAAUACCGGUCAGCAACAGAUACCGGUCAGCAACUCCCUUGCACAACAGCACCAGCACCUGCUAGCCGCGUCCGUUGCGCUGGGUCGUGGUGGUGGUGGUGGUGCAUCCUUUGCGCAACGCGGCCCGAUUGAUGCCACCGAUGGCACAACGGCGAGCAUCCAGCAACAGCAGUAUGGUGGCGGUGGUGCUGGUGUACCACAGUUCCACAACAGUUUUGCACAUACUGGACACCAUCAGCAACAGCAGCAGCAGCACAAAGCGGCCUUUUAUCAAAGUCAGCAGCAGCACCAGCAGCAUCAUCUUCACCAUCAGCAGAACAUACAACUGAGGCCAGGUUUCGCUACGGGAACUACCACCGCCACCACUACCACAGCUACCAAUGGCGGCGGAGACAACUAUCACUUCAAGACGCUGGUACCGUCGGUCGCGGCCGGUGCCAUCAUCGGCAAGGGCGGCGAAACGAUCGCCUCGCUACAGAAGGAUGCCGGUGCCCGGGUGAAGAUGUCCAAGGCGCACGACUUCUAUCCCGGUACCACCGAGCGUAUCUGUCUCAUUAGCGGCACGGUCGAGGGCAUCCUGGCCGUGCUCGAUUUUAUCACCGACAAGAUACGCGAGAAGCCCGACAUUACCAAAGCGCUCACCGAGGCGGACGCGAAGCAGGCCCAGGAGCGCGACAAGCAGGUCAAGAUACUGGUGCCGAACACGACCGCGGGCAUGAUCAUCGGUAAGGCCGGUGCGUACAUCAAACAGAUCAAGGAGGAGUCCGGCUCCUACGUGCAGAUCUCGCAGAAGCCGAAAGACCUGACGCUGCAGGAGCGCUGCAUCACGAUCAUCGGCGAGAAGGAGAACAACCGGAUUGCAUGCAAGAUGAUCCUGGCCAAGAUCGUCGAAGAUCCCUCAUCCGGCACCUGCUUGAACGUAUCAUACGCAGACAUCAACGGACCGGUGGCCAACUUCAACCCCACUGGUUCGCCAUUCGCCGCCUCACAGAAUCCCAAUUUCAGCUCGAGCACCGCCUCACUCAACUCCGCCAUCAGCGGGCCGCUGCCGAAUGCGGCGGCCACCGGUUUGCUGGUCAACGGCACCGGGCUCAAUCUGUCAUUAAACCUAGGUGCACCAUCACCACAGACUAAUCCUACCGUUACCACACAAUUGCUUGAUCAUAUUAAGAGUGCCAUGAGACAGUCCGGCUACUCGGACACGGCCACGGCUGAGGUGCAUGCCGCGCUCGGUGUGCUGGCAAAGUAUGGCGUCCUGGGCAUCGGUGUCGGGCUGCAGAACGGUACGCACUCGACCACGCUCGGCUAUCUGGGCAUGCCGGAGAUGCAACAGUCGUCGGCGGCGGCGGCGGCCGCUGCCUCGGCCGCCACCGGCGUGUACGGUGCCGUCGGUCAGCUCAACCUCGACUCGUACCUGCACGGGGCGGGCACGGCGACGCCUCGCACUACCGCCAUCGAUCGCUACGAUCCGACCACGUUCGAUCCGUUCCGGCAUCCGGGCACGCAGGCGGCGACCCCGAUCUCGAUCAACAACAAUGCGUUCGGGCUCGGCAACCCGAGCGCCCUGAACGCGGCCGCCCAAACGCUCGGCUCGCUCAGCAAGAGCCCGACCCCGGCCGAGAUGACCACGAGCAAGGAGAAGAACGUCGAAAUCCCGGAAGUGAUCGUAGGUGCCAUCCUCGGACCGGCCGGGCGCAGUUUGGUCGAAAUUCAGCACAUAUCCGGCGCGAACAUUCAGAUCUCGAAGAAGGGCAUCUUUGCGCCGGGCACGCGCAACCGGAUCGUCACCAUCACCGGCCAGCAGAACGCGAUCAACGUGGCGCAGUACCUAAUAGAGGAGCGCAUCAGCCAGGAGGAGACGAAGCGGGCGUGCCAGACGGCGGCCAAUGCGGCGGCCACCAACAAAACGUCGGCCGCGUCGGUCGCCACCGUAACGCAAUAGGGGUGCCGGACGGCAACGGGAGCAGUAGUAGCUGCAGCCGCCGCCGCCGCCGUCACGCCCAGCCGCCUAGCCGCGUUCGCUAGUCCUCCGCCCAAGAGCCGCCUGCAGUCCGCGAUUGACGAGUUUAAGGCAAACAUUCAUCUGUACGUAGCGCAUCCUUCAAUCUGAAUCCCGUUUUGCGAGGGAGCGUUGGGAGCGUCCCACUGCGAGGGCGCCAGAACCCGUUGGGAGUAUAGGAGAAGUGUGAUAGAGGAAGAGGAGGACGUGGAAGAGAGCAAGAGAAUGUGUGUGCGUGCGGUGCACGGGAGGCAGGAAGGAAACAAAAAAACAAAACAAAUACAGCAAAGGAAGACAUAUUACAGUGUAGGGACAUAUUAGAAGCGAGUUUCGUUUAACGUUAGUGUAACCACUAAUCCACUCUUCGAGCGAGCGAGAAGGGGAGAGAUAGAGAGACGCGUCCGCUAAAUUCAGUUUCAGAACGGGCGAAGAGUGAAUGUCUGCGUGUGCGUGUGUGUGUUUCGUUUUUAGGGCAAAAAAAGUUGUUUCUCGUUGUACACGUACAUCGUUUCAUUCGUACACUUUGUUGUUAGAUUUUAAUUUUUGCGACUCCACCGCCCGCUCUACCACUUCACUUCGUUUCGUUUACGAUGGGGCGGCUAUGUUUGCUCCGCCGAUUGAAGGCUGUGCGGGCAGCAAAGUAAACAAAAAGGAUAAUAUAUAGCGUUAAUAUUCAAAUUGAUUAUGUGAGCGAAGGUAAAAGGGGAAAACAAAUCACAGUAAUAAUCGUACAAUGGGCGUAAAAAGAAGAAGAAGAAGAAGUAGCAGUUGGAAAAAAAACAAAUUAUCAAGAACAAGAGUAAACUUGAAAUGAUUUCGCGUUGUGAUAGCGAACAGAGAAACGCCUCGGUCGUUUGAAGACGUAAUUGGGGGUAGUAGUAGAAAGGCUGGGUAACAAAAACAAAGCGUUUAGGUAAAUAUGAAAUGGGUGAAAACACCCCAAAAAAAACAUACACAUUCACACAAUGCAAAACACACACACACACACACACACACAUACACACACAAUUUAUUACAAACUACAGCUGUAGGAAAUGUGAAUGGUAAACUAUUGUGUAAUUGUUAUUUUACUAGAUAAAUUUUGUUGCGCGCUAGAAUGGACGCGGGAUAAGCAAACGUCUAAAACAAAACCCCACACAUACAUACACACGAAAUCGUACAUGUAUAAAGAAAUUUUAACGAAGGAAUGAGCUACAGACAGCAACAAAAAACACAAUAUGGAAAGUUAGAAAACAAAAGUUUCACCCUAAUCCUGUGCAACUUUCCGUGUAGCGGAUAAAACUAAACGAAAACAAAGCAUAACAUCACACACACAAACAUAAACAUCACACAUCGGAUUGCGAUCACGGGAUGGGAUGGGCACGCAGGGCAAAAAGAUCGAUAAACACUUUAAUGCAUGUGUGGUAAAGGCGUGGCACGCCACAAUGCAAGGCACCCGCCGUAGUAGUAAGAAGGACCAUUUAAUUAGUAGUUAAACAUGUUACCCCUCUCCAAGUUAUAUAUAUAUAUUUUUUUUUUUGGUUUGCGUCGAUCGGACAGGAAACCAAUCUUCCUUCCCUUUCCGUUCAAGUUUCGCUCAAAGCGUACCAACCAGCUCGUGCGGGAUGGGGGGGGGGGGGGGGGGGGGUAAGCCCUCCGAAAAGCGCUUCAUUUGCAUCACACUUUUCAAACGAUUCUCUUGUUUGUUCGUUAUGCGAUCUCUGCUGCUGCUGAUCGCCGCUUACGAUGCCAGUCAUACACGUUUUUGUUUUAAAUAGAAUGUAGGCCGUUAAUUCAAUACCAAAAAACACAUACAAAAGCAUCACCGAUCGAUCAAGCGCAUCGAGACACAUCAUACAGUACGCGCAUGGGUUGUUUCUGUUACUUUAUUUGUUUUUUUGUUUUGUUACACGUUUAUAUUAUUUCCCUAGUGUGCCCGAUUCGAAGACACUGUUAAAGGCCCGCUGAUACAGUGGGUCGUUUCCCCAUUCGCUGAGUUUUAAGGAAAUGUAAAGACUCCCACAUCCCACAUCAUCAACACUUUCGCAACCCUUCGUCAUACCGUAAUUGCUUCACACUCGAUUGUUUGCUCGAUCGAGCAUAGCCACCCGCAGUCAUAAAACUCCCCCACCCAGAACAACCAGCUAGUGUCGACACUAGCUCCUAGUACAGCGGGUUUUGUUUGUAAUUUGGUAGUUACUUUUAUUAAUCUAUAUCGUUCUUAUUAAUUCGUUCUAAAAACAGAGCAGCAGCGAACGCUAUUAGAACGCUCCAAGGGAAGCGUCGGGACAUGUGGAAUAUAGGGAAUGGGAAAGGAAAGUUACAAGCGCGAUGGUAUCCGAACACGCAUGCCGUGGUACGGAUUGGUUUGAGCGUAUCGAUUGUUUUUUUUUUUUUGUUUAGUCGGGACAUUAUUCUAGUGACUUAGCAGUAUAAGUUUAACAGUAGCAUACGUGUUUUUUCCGUUGCUUUCAUUCUUUAUCUACCGCGUAGCACGCAUACGCAACUUUGCCUAAAUGUCGCAAUCUACACGGAACACUUGUGUUUUUUUACGCAGGAGUCCAUCAUUUGGUCAAGGAUAAAGCAUCAUUGAUUCCUGUUACUUUACUUCACCCACAAACCCAGCGGUGAUCCAGGCCUAAGAAUUUAUUUCUCACUUCCAACGGCUCGUGUACGAUUUGCAUGCUUUAUAACCGUUACCGUAAUGUUUAGUUAACGUAACUUAGAAAGAUAGGAAAGGAAAGGGGCGUAGGAAAAGGGUAUUGGUUCUUCCAUGCAGCAAAGGGGGCAGGGGAGGGGGGGGGGAGGAGGGGGAGGGAGCGUUUAAUCAAAACAAAAGUGAGGAUCCGCACCGUUUUCCCAGCGCAUGUAGGGCGCGCGCGUGUGUGCAAUAGGUUUUACCCCUUUGUUUUAUCGAUGCAAUCGUUCAUAUCUAUCUUACAUUUGUUUAUAUACGCUACUACAGAUGUGUAUUUCUUUUUCACAAACCAUCACACAAAUAAGCAUGUUUUAUCUCAAUUUGUUUCCGCUUUGCUUGUGGCAGCAACUAGAUGAAGCUUCACGAGCAAAUGCUAGGCGUUUAGAAAUAACCCGUGUGAUGAAAGGGAAAGAAUUAUCUCUCUCUCUCUCUCGUAAGAUCAACCUACAAAAAAGACGUACCAUCACCAAUUGGCACAGAAACAAGUGCUCUUUUGCCCGUACACAACGUAGGAAAACGCUCAAAGCAGGAGAAAGUAACGAGAAGGAUAACAACAGAAAAAAGCAACAGAGAACAGUUUGCUAUAAAGGAGACAUCUGAAGAAGAGGAAAGUGUGAGAACAGAUUUAAGACAUGUCGAACUUUUAUGUGCCACCUGUAUCGAGAUACACACGUUUACGGUGUGUUUGUAAGUCUGAGUGCUUGGGGCCAUCUUCCACUGAAUGUGCCGUCUUUUCUUUGGUAAAUCAACUCAAAAGCCUUGCUCCAUAUCCUUACUCGUGUGACCCAAAUUUGCCUCUCCUGCGGUGUUUUUCCCUACCUUGUGUCUGGGUGGAUCUCCUGUGCGUGUCAGGACGCCUGUUUCUGUUGCAUCUGUAACAUCUGUUUUGCACUAUUUAAAUUCGCAAACUGCUGAUCACACAUCCCUCCACCACGGUUUGUGCAACGAAUGUAUGGUAUGGUAUGGUGUCCUACAUUUGGGCAACAACCCGUGCACUCUAGGGAAAGUGGGCACGGAACGAACGUUGAAAAGACACGGGUACCGAGAGGGAAAUGUAGGGGCAAGGGGUUACAUAUACACACUUACACAUCGUACACGUUAAGCUGUUAUAGUGUUGUAAAAUAAUUAUUAAACGCAAACAUUGAUACAUUUCUUCAUUCAGUUACCAUGCCGCUUGACAGUAAGAAGCUAAUGAUGCUCCUGGCGGGGGAGAAGGGUAGGCAAAUUGUUAGUGUAGUGAAUCCUUACCACGGGUUUACAGUUUUUUUGUUCUUCUUCUUCUUCUUCUUCUUCUUCUUAUUGGGGUGGUAGUAUUCGAUACAGCUCCAGCACAUCGACACAUAAGAUUUCUAGUUACAAAACCCCUUGUAUGUAGUGGUCAAACAGUCAAACGCCUGUGAUGCGUGGCACACAUGGCACACAUAAACGUAAACGUAAUAUUACAACUGCAUACAACCUUCCCCACAGUCUCCCACACCUUUCCUACCCCAUUAUAUGUGCAUGCAUACACUCGUAACCCAUCUACUACUAUCUACUACUGUGUUAUGUUUUAUUCAAAGUUUAUCUAUAUUUAUAGUGCAAAUGAAAGCGGCAAACACGAUGGGUUUUAGGGCCCUAUCGAUUAACCAUUACACAAAACAAAACAGGAAGACCCUAAAACAAAUAAGCGGGAAGGUAAAAGUAAGCGAAAGUUUAAAAAGAAACAGACAGGAAAAAAACAGCGUGGCAAGAUAACAAAAACUAGAAAAUAAAGAUAGAAAGGAAGGCAGGUCGCGGGCGGAAGUAGAAGAUUAAUAAAUUGAAAUGGAUUGAAUGAACAGUAAAGCGCUGUUUUGGUGUUUGCAAAACGUGACGCGUGGACUGUAUAACAUCAAACAGCACGCCAACAAAAGCUGAGUGAAGAGAACCAAGUAAGCGAGGAAACAACCCAAAACAAAACAAAAAAGAGGGAAAGGAAAUGAAAAGGGAGUCACUCCCACAAUGGUAGAUGGUUUUAAGAAUGAAAUUAAGCGAAAAUACACAGAACAUUACGAGACAAAUUAA